AAGAUAAUUUCAGCAUACCACAGUUCAAAAGUCAAUGUUUCUACCAGCAUAAAAGAGGUGAAAUCCAACAUAUGAACAUUAGUUUAUUGGUUUGCUCAAAAAUGGUGAUAAGCUAUCUGUUUGCGACCAGCAAGGUUCCACUGUUACUUUUAAUGUUUGUGCAUGCACGAGGAAGUGUUGGCCAUGUUGGUUACCCCCCUCCUCCUCUCUGGAAAGAUGUACCGGAAUCACUGGAUGAAUUUACUUCACAGAACAACAAAAUUGUCAUCAACCCAUGGAACUAUAUAGAGAGAAUGGGAAUGUACAAAGUAUUGCUUAAUGUGACAGCUAAGUACAUGACCUCCUUGGGCCCAAAUAAUACAGGCAAUGUGCUGUGGGGUUUGCCUUUGCAACAUGGAUGGCAGUUUCACACAGGUAGAUUAGCUGAUCCUACUAAUACAUCAUCCUGUGGUACUCAAACAGGGGAUCAUUUGUGCAUAUCUAUCAAGAGCUGGUGGGCCUGUAUAAAUUACUACUUAGCUGCCAUCCCAUUCCUGGCUGCUAUAGAAACAGGCCUUUUCGAGGAUUGGCCUGUUGAAUUUGAGAUUUUGCCACCGGGAGAGAUGGCAGAUGACUUCUGCUACACAGUUUCAGGCUGCUACUCAUUGAUUCCAGACAUGAUGAUCAAAUGGAAGGCCUUUUUCGAGUAUCUGAAAAGAAGUACAUCUAAUAAUCAGGAUACAGAAAAUCUGGAUCAAAUCUUGUAUUACAUGUGGAUUGCACACAGAGCAUCGAUAUUGGCAGUACCUAAAUUCUCAGAACGCCUGAGAUAUAUCUCUAGACCUGAAGCGAGCUUUGGUGUCAACUGGGCCAACACUGUUGAAUUUAUUGCUGCUACUCACUUUCACACCAACUAUGAAGAGACCAGUCGGUUCCAGACACGCUUGCCUCGAAGGGUGCUUGUGGAUGGUGAUAAUGCCCCCUACAUUGCGGAUCUCAGUGCUGAGGAAAACCAUACCCUUGUCAUGUUCUACUGGAUCCAAAGGAUAAACACAUUUUUAGGAGGAGGCUUGCUGAAGCUGUGGAGAAGGGCUAUGUGCACCGAACCAGGGAGAGCAAAGGGCCGACAACUGCUGGAGAACAUGACGAUGAACCCUAAGUUUGUCCCUUCUGGAAUUUAUUAUGUUAUGGUUCAGCUGAGUAGAAAUCAAGCCUGCCCUCAUCAUUAAUAGUCAUGUACUAGGAGAACUGAAGUUUCCCUAUCUGUAACCAGUUUUCAUUCAAAUUAAUCUUACAAGAAUGUGUUCAUAAGUAAAAUGUAAAACAUAACAAAAAUUACAAAAAUGCACUAGGGACAAUCAAAAUACCGUAACAAUUCAUUAUAAUAUAGACUUCACAAAUGUACAAGCAUUAAAUGUAAUUUGUUGACGUACUGUA